AUGGAUGGUUUCGCCGUCGACUCCUCUGGUCCUCACUCUCUCGCUCGCGCCUCCCUCUCACGCUGUCGUCUUUCUGCCACCAGGAAGGAGACACGAAGAGAAGAGUCACGGCCUUGCUCUGUUUCGUGUGUGUUCGUGCUUCCGCCGCCAGCCCGCCUCCAGCCCGUUCCACCCGCCGGUUCUCUUCUCUACUUUGGUUUGAGAAACUUGGGCACAAAGGAAGAGAGACAGAGACUAGCAUUUAUUGGGAAACAUGACGAAGUUGUGGCUGAAAUGGCUUUCAUUCCUAAUCCUUGCGUUGCAAUGGCGCAUGAUGCUGACGGAGUUGGGUGCUCUUCAAGUUCUUCUGGUUCAACUAAGAGAAGGAAGUAUCAUGUGUUUUUGAGUUUUCGAGGGGAAGAUACUCGGAAAAAUUUUACUGAUCAUUUGUAUGCUGCUUUAAAACGCAAAGGAUUAAAAACUUUCAGGGAUGAAGAAGAACUUGAAAGGGGAGAAUCUAUUAAUCCAAGUUUAGUACAAGCAAUUGAAGAGUCUCGUUCUGCAAUUGUUGUGCUCUCCCCAAAUUAUGCUUCUUCAACUUGGUGUUUGGAUGAGCUUCAAAAGAUUCUGCAGUUAAAGGAAAAGACAAGUCUUCAAGUAUUUCCCAUAUUUUACGGUGUAGAUCCUUCUGAUGUUAGGAAACAAAAAGGAAGUUUUGCAGAAGCAUUCAUAAAGCAUGAAGAAAGAUUUGCCGAAAACAAAAUAAAGGUGCAAAAGUGGAGAGAUGCUUUAGAAAAAGUGGCUACUUUAUCUGGUUGGGACUCAAAAGAUCGGUAA